AUGGGGAAAUCACAGUCCAAACUCUCGCCGAGCCAGCUCGAAGAGCUUCAAAGAUCAACACAUUUCGACAAAAAGGAGCUCCAGCAAUGGUACAAAGGCUUCCUGAAAGACUGUCCGUCCGGCACCCUCACCAAAGAGGAAUUCCAAAAGAUAUACCGGCAGUUCUUCCCCUUUGGCGAUCCGUCAUCGUUUGCAAACUAUGUCUUCCGUGUAUUCGACGCAGAUGGAAGCGGAAUGAUCGAUUUCAAGGAGUUCAUCUGUGCCCUUUCCGUUACCUCGAGGGGUAAGAUGGAAGAUAAGCUUGACUGGGCGUUCCAGCUGUACGAUAUCGACGGUGAUGGUAAGAUUAGCUAUGAAGAGAUGCUUGCUAUAGUUGAGGCAAUCUACAAGAUGGUUGGCUCCAUGGUUAAACUUCCCGAGGACGAAGACACCCCUGAAAAGCGCGUGCAGAAAAUAUUCCGUAUGAUGGACAAGGACGAAAACGGCAGUCUGGAUAUCAGUGAAUUCAAAGAAGGUAGCAAACGGGACGAGACUAUAGUCAGUGCUCUGUCCUUAUACGAUGGCCUAGUAUAG